AUGGAGAUGCUUAGGGACUUUUUCAAGAUCAUGGGAGGUUGUGACAAGCAAGAUUUCCCUAUAAAGCAUGGUCAACAACGUACGUGGUGUUGUGCAUACGCGGGCACGCCCUCCAGCAGCACGGCUGUAAAAAGCGAGGCCAAAUCAGGCGAAGAGAGGCAGGGUGAUGGUAUCGGGCAUGGACAGGCGCAACGAGCCUGCGAACCAGUUCACAGUAGUUCGCACCGCACCCAAUGGAGAGGCUUGGGAUCAUGCGAUUACGGGUCUCUAGGAUUCGAGCUUGCGUUCCCUCCUUCAUGCGUUCACGAGAGAGCACCGCACGCAGCGUUGGCUCGCUGGGCGAUGGGCACGACAAAAUCCCUGGCUGAGAAUUGCGCAGAGCGGUGGUGGCUUCCCGAUGAUCGCGGCACCACACCGUGA